AUGGCUGUUCCCACCAGGGUGGUCCACAAGAGGAGGGCCGCUAUCACAGAUCUGCCUCUCUACUACUCCGGACACCUGCUGAAAAAAUCUGCUGGAGAGAAGGAUUUUGCUAAAUAUUAUGGAGAGCUCCGUGGAUGCACAAUUUUUCUGUACACAGACGACACGCAGGAUACAUACACAGAGAGGCUGGAACUAGAGAAGUUGAAGUCACCGCUGUUAGAUUGUCCACAUCAGAGCAAGACAUCAAAUGUCAUCACUCUCCCCCUGCGCACAGGGGAAGUCCAGCUAAAGAUUGACGACUUUAAGAUAGGAGAGGAGUGGAGGGGCUUUAUCCUCACUGUGACCAAUAAGGAGAUUCCCAGUACAGUGCAGCUGCUGCCAGGCCAGAAAAUGGCGCUGGAGGAUACACUGGAAAAGGAGAAAAAGAGACAAACCCCGCAAACUCGCCCACCUCUCCCACCCCGUCCCUCCCACUUAUCCUCCACUGAGCCCACAACCUCCCAUCCUUCAAACAAAGACACAUCCGACCCCAAGAUGCCUGUGUGUUUCCAUGAUGUGACUCGCCAGGAGGCAGAGGAGAUGUUGGAGAAGAACCCGGAGUAUGGAAGCAUCAUCAUCCGCCCAUCCACACUGCCCCACAACUAUGCUGUGACCAUGAGACAAAUCAAACCCAGCGGGCCCGUCAAGAAGAAUUACAGAGUGACGGCCACAAGCUCAGGGUUUGUCAUCGAACUGGAAACACCAGUGACAGUCCCCUCCCUGAACGCAGUGCUUAAAUACUUCCUGGAGAAGACGGAGCACCGCCUCCAUCCCUAUGUGAAGUCACAGGGCUACGACACUCGCAUCGAAGUGCCACCUCUGCCCAAGUGCGUCACCAUCCCCUCCAAAGCACCCAAAACGGUACCCUGGGCUCAAGUGUCACCCAUGGUCCAAUCACAGGAAAAAGAGCUCUUGCCUCCUGUAAUGAAGGCGGCAGAGAACAAUUAUUUGGUGCCUGAUGCUGAAAUAGCAAAGCAAGGUGUGCGUCAAUUUGGUUCGGAGCUCGAGGCGGUCAUGCGGUUACGGAGGGGAGUCAUGUACAGUUCAGACGACGAAUAA